GGAGGAGGGGGGGGUGGACCGAUCCUGAUCGGCGGUGAGCGAGGAACCUCGGUCACGGGUAGAGAGAGAGAGAGCGCAGUGUUUGAGUGUUGUCCCGGCGGUAUGUGUAUAAGGUAUGAGACAGAAUGUCGGUAAACGAAAAGAGCGACACUUUGGUUUAUUCCUACGAGUCUUCUGUACACAGUACCAGUGUUCUCCUGAGUCUCAAUGAUCAAAGGAAACAAGAUCUCUUUUGUGAUGUGACUGUGGUUGUAGAAAACAAGACCUUUCGUGCUCAUCGUUCAGUGCUUGCAGCCUGCAGUGAUUAUUUUCUGUCAACAGUGGCAUGGAAAAAAGAUCUUAACAUGCUUGUCACACUUCCUGAAGAGGUUACAGUUAAAGGUUUUGCACCACUUCUUCAGUUUGCAUACACUGCCAAACUUCUUUUGAACAAAGAAAAUGUAUUGGAUGUCUGUAGAAGUGUAGAAUUUCUUGGAAUCCAUAAUAUUGAAAAAACGUGUUUCAACUUUCUUCAAGCCAGACUUUUUGGAAAGGAGAGAGAUCAUGCAGGAUUUUUGAGAAAGGCAUGUUGUACAUCUCAUUGUCAGAAAACAAAUCUAAAAAUUCCUGUUGGUGACAAUGAAAAUUCAGAAGCUGAUGAUGAUGUGGAAGAAUUUCUUGAAUCUGAAAAUCCCAAGAGUCCUUGUCCUAAAUUGCGUAAAUGCAUUGAAGUUGGGAAAAUUUGUCCAAAAGUUCAAAAUGAAACCACUGAAGUCAACUACUCCUGUUUGAAACAGACUGGAUGGGCUAGUUCAUCUCUUUGUCCUAAGUACCGAAAGUUUCAGUUAGCCUGUGGGAAAGAACGACUGACAUCAUGGGGUAAUAAUUUGUCAUUGCCAAAUUCUUCAUUGCAGCAAAUUGAAUCUUGUCAAAACCUGACAUUCACUUUUGAUUCAGAGGAUGAACGUGCAAAACUUAUUGAAAAGGAUAGUGACAGCACAUCAAUGGAAGGGGACGGUGGAGUCUGCAAUGAAGAGAAAAUCGAAGUGAAGAAUCAAAUGAAUAUUAGCUGUCCAUUAGCACAAGAUUCUACAGCUGAGGUAACACGAGGGCCAUCAUCACAAAAUAUCUCAGGUAUUCAACAACGUUGCAUUGGAGAGCAUUACGACUUGCCUUGUUCUCAGCCAUUUGUCCCUGUAAUGUUGCAGUGUGAAAAUCUCCAAAAGAACAGCACUGUUGCAAGUAUUGAAGAAACUAAGCUUGAAAUUAAUCAGGAAUGUGAUCAGCCAAGGUGUUCAGAAAGAACAAUUGGAGACUCUGAGAGAAAAUCUGUUAUUUUUAGCUCAGGUUAUUCUCAAAGACGAGAGAAUCCCAAUGCAGUCUCCAGUGGGCGAAGCACUGUGGAAAGAGAGGUGGCAGAACAUUUAGCAAAAGGAUUCUGGAGUGAACUUUGUGGUGCACAGUCUAGCUGUGAGACUGAAUCUUUAGUGAAAGAGAAACGUUGCUCAGGGCAGUUCAAUUUGGAGAGAAUUUCUCAGUGCCCACAGUUUUCGACAGCGCCUUGCCAAAGCCUUGAAGGAAGCAAUCAGAGUUCUUUCCUACUGCACUAUACCUCGUCUUCAUCACAGCUACCUGAGUCUACCUAUAGCUCUUUAAAGUGCCCAUUUGCAUAUGAUACUGGAAAUUCCGUGUGUUCCAGCAGCUCAGGUAUUGAGGAGCUUGAAAGUGACCAGGGACAGCAACAAGACAAAUAUGACACAUUUGCUACAAACUCAGGAGACGAAUUUGGGUCUGAAUCCGAAGAUGACAGUGAGUCGUGUUCUGCCCGGGAACAAGAGUGUGAGGUAAAAUUACCAUUUCCUGUUGAAAGAAUUACAAUGUUGUCCAGAAACGACUUUCAAACCAUGCUGAAACUCCAUAAACUGAAUCCAGAACAGUUGGAUUAUAUCCAUGAUAUACGUCGCCGCAGCAAAAAUAGAAUUGCAGCUCAACGCUGUCGAAAGCGAAAACUUGACUGCAUUCAAAACCUGGAAUGUGAAAUACAUAAGUUGUUAUGUGAGAAGGAAAAGUUGCUGCAAGAGAAGGGCCAGUUAAAAGUAUGUAUGGGUGAAACCUGGGAUAAUUUAUCUAUCCUUUGCAAGCAGGUGUGUAAAGAUGCAGCCCUGACUGCUGAACAAAUUCAAACAUUAGCAAAGUAUUCCUCUCCUGAGUGCCCUCUUUCAAUACUGAACACCCAAAGAAACAUUGGCUCCAUUGCUCGUACAAAUCUGAUUUCUUCAUAUCAAGCGUACCCUGCUAAUGCUCAGAGUAUGGACUGUAACAGUGAACAAAGCACUAAUGUACAACUUCAAGAGAAAAUGAUGGAUGUGCCCAACAGCUCAAGGGAAGGUAUUCCACCAAGCCAAUCUGGAAUGGAACAAUGCUGCCAGGCUGUAAUGACUGAUUUCUGCCAAGAAAUGAUAGAGAAGUGUACCACAGAUGAGUAAUCUUGCUUUAUUUCAAUAGGAACCAGUUCUCUUUAGCCCCUGUGCUGCAUUUGUUUUGUGAAUCAAUUGGCCUUGAAGCUUGGAAUUCAGUUACAAGAAUUAAUGAAGAAGCACAGUGGACCUAGAUGAGCAAUGCAGAUUGUCUCCAAUCUUUUUUAUGCAUGAAAUUUAUAUUGUCUUGAACCCAUGGUGUGUUUUGUAAACAAAGUGUUCCUUUUGCAUUUAUAGAUUUUAACUUGUGAAACUUAUGCAAUGUUUAAAAAUCUUGUAGCUUCAUUCAGUGUAAGUCAGAAAUGUAGAUAUGGCAUGAAAUAUUUUAAAAUCUUCAGCUUAAUUGCAACUAAGUCAGGAUAUGAAAGGGGAAGGAGGUCAACACACACAUUCAAGCAAGCCAUAAACUCCAGUUUAUCUUUAACUUCUUAUACAUUUUAUGACAUUUCAAAUUUUCCUUUUUCACCAGACAAAGGCUAGCCUGCAUCUUCUACUUCCAUUUUCCAAUGAGUUAACACCACUUUAAACAAACCUUUAAAGCACAUACAAGCCUCAAUUAUGAGGUGGUGUGGAAAUUAUGAACAUUGAAGUUGUGCUUCAAUGAAGCUAUUAUUUUUUAAAAAACACUAAUUUAUCUCUCAAAUAUGAUCAAGAUAUUUUCAUCAGAUUUUCAUCAAGCAUUAUAAAGGCUGCCCUAUUAUCUCUAUUGCAUUAUCAUUUGACAAUAGUGAGCUGAUAAUUGUGCCUGCAAAGUUUAUGAAUAGCUCUUUCAAAGAACUAGCACAGGCUCAGUUGGCCAAAUGACCAAUUUCUGUGCUUUGAUUUCUUUUUUCCUCAGAUAACACUCAUUUAUGUGGACUUGCUAAUUAUCUAGGUACACUCAGUCAAUCAAAAAUAUGAAGGUGAGGUCUCGUACCAUCUGUUGUCAGCUUGCAUAUGGUGAAUAAGCAACACUUCCUUCUCUAUGUACAUCUUUCCUCAAACACUGGAUUUGUUUAAAAAAAAUUAAUAAGGCAGGAACUUUGUGCAUGACUACUUAAAGCCUAGGUAUAAUAUUGUAUUUGCUCCUCAUUCAUGUCUAAUUGUGAUAGUGACACAUCGGAGUUUGUUGUCUGGUGUUUUUGUUACUUCUGUCCUUAAGUUGCUCUGGUUAUGCCUGCAGAGCUUCAAAUUUUGGAGCAAAAUGGAGAAAAUGAGAAACUCUGAAUGUGUUUGUCAAUGAAUUCCUUAAGUAUCAAAGACCCGGAAGGUCUCAGGAUGUAGCCAAAGUGCAAACUUUUUUUCUCCCUCGGCUUCUCCCUGUCCAAUCAUCCUUUUUUCCUUCUUGCCCCUUCUCAUCACCCCCUAAUAAAUAGGAGAGAUUUGUAGUUAUUGGUUGUGAAGCCUCAUUGAGCUUUUGCUGUCCUGAGUUGACACAAGCACAUUGAACUUUCUUGUUUUAUAUUGAACUUGGUUUGUGUUGAUAAAUGCUCAGUAUAAAUAGUCUUCCUUUUCACAUUUGUUGCCUUCCAACCUUUAUUUGUGGAUGGGGUGGAAGGAAUCUUUGGUAUAAGUACAUUUCUUCUUGUGCUCCUUUUCUUUCUUGAUAUUUUUAUUUUUUUAAAACACUUAAUUUGGGAGAGUUUUAUGGGUAUUGUAAAUAAAACAGCAUAUAAUACUCCCUCAGUAAGACUUCUAUUACCAACUGUUUUAAAAUGGAAAUAUCAGUUGCUAAACAACUGAAGUUUUAAAUUGAAGUAGUACAGCUUUACUAAACAUUACUUGAAAAUGGAUUAUUAAACAUAAAAGCUGGAUUUAAUUUUGCUGCUCUAAAAUCUUAUCUCAAAAUAAUUGAAUUUCUGUAUCCAUGUUUUAGUGUUCAGUAUAGUGAAGUGUAGAGCAAUGCAUUGAAAUUAGCCUUUGUAAAAAGUAAGCAUUUGGAAAUGCCUAUACAUUGAUUGGUAUAGAAAAAAGUAGAAGCCACUUAUUCCAGCCAACAAACUUGACUACCUCAAUAAAAAACAAAUCCAUCAGGAGAAGCAAUAAUAUAUUUAAUUUGGUCCUGUAUCUGCACAAUUUUUUUUUAACUGGGGAUAUGGAAGAUUAAUUUUGUCUACCUGCAUAAGUUGCAUAUUUAACAUUAUCACAAAUCAUCUGUAUUGGGGAAGGAAAUGAGAGAACCGCUUAAUGGGAGAGUGGUAUAGCUAGUCAGAAGUUAUUUCAGUGGACCACCCAACACAGCAUUGUCAGGGAUGUUGGAUUUCCUUUCAUAUUAUCAGUGUUCUUGUCGUUAUUCAUCACAUUAAAGUGCCGGUUUGGUUACAAAGAUUUCUUUUGGAAUUUAAUUUCUUUCAGAUACUGAGAAGUCUCAAUUUCAGAUUAUUCUUUGGAAUAUUGUUUGACAUUUAAGGAGGAGUUUAGUUUUUAAAAAAGUCAUCAGAUUUUAGCAUGCUUUAUGAAUGAAGAAUUUCACCUAUUAAGGCUGUUCCAUUUAAAUUGAAUUAGAAGAAUAAAUGAUUUCUGUUCGAGCUUAUUUUUGUUUCUCCAGUAGAGGGCAUCUGAGACUGAUAAUGAAGAAAAGUUCAUGCUAUAUCCUUUCAACUGAGGGGGGAAAAAUGAAAAAGAAAUAAAAAUAUUAAACAGUGGCCUAAAAAUUCCUCUAAAGCUUGUAAUUCCUUUAAAUUUAUCUUGAACAUCCCCUGUUUAUAUGCAAAAAAACAAAUACACCAUAUUGCUAAUUCUAAUAAUAUUGUAAUUAAAUAACUCCUAAAUUAAUACUAAUAUUUGUAUUGCCUCAGGUAAAUUUUCAUUUUCUUCUUGUGACAUUUUUCAUAGGUUUUGUAAAUAACUAUGAAAACCCAAUAGUGAUGUUCUCUGUUACCUGUUCUACAAAAGUAGGGGUUGAAAAUGUGUUGCUGGUUAAAGCACAGCAGGUUAGGCAGCAUCCAAGGAACAGGAAAUUCGACGUUUCGGGCCAGAGCCCUUCAUCAGGAAUUACUACAAAAGUAGGGAACUGGUUUGUGAUCUGUACUGACGGAAUUGCAACCAUCAGUUCGGCAAACUGAAAAAAUAAACAUUAACAAGACUUUUUGAUACCAGCUAGAUCUUGUGCAUUAUGUUUAGUUUUAUACUAGAUCACAUCUACCACUUAUUUAACUAGUUAACAGUGGUUAACACUGCUGCCUCUCAGCGCCAGAGAUUCUGGGUCAAUUCCCGCCUCAGGCAACUUUGUGUGGAGUUUGCACAUUCUCCCUGUGUCUGCGUGGAUUUCCUCCGGGUGCUCCGGUUUCCUCCCACAGUCCAAAAAUGUGCAGGUUGGGUGAAUUGGCCAUGCUAAAUUGCCUGUAGUGUUAGAUGAAGGGGUAAAUGUAGGAGAAUGGGUGUGGGUGGAUUGCUCUUCAGAGGGUUGGUGUGGACUUGUUGGGCCGAAGGACCUGUUCUCAUACUGUAAGUAAUCUAAUCUAAUCUUAAGGCAAAAGCAGCCAAUUGGCAUGCUUGGUUUGGUAGACUUGGCCGUCAACGACAGUAUCUCAAUUUAUGUACAAUUAUGACGAAUCACAUUGAAAUAACCUGGGAAAAUGCACUUCAUUGCAGGGAUGUGGCAACAUGAUUCAGAUCAGAAGUAUUCAACUUUUAACCUCGUUAAAUGUGCAGAAGAGCCAAAUUUACUGCCCUGAGGGUUUCAUUGGCAUAUGGUUUCUGCAGAAUCUAAUUGUUUCUGUAAGAUAUGUAAAGUGCUUUGUAAUCUUUGCUUCUCCUUCAUUUGAUUUUUGCAUGUAGUACUGACCUUGUCUGAGUGCUAAAUUUUCAAACUUCCACCUUUUUCUAUUAUGAGAAUGUACAUAGAAUAUCUGCAUUUCUAAUGUUCAGUUUUAUAAUGAACAAUUAUUGUGGACAGAUGUGGAAUGCUAAGAUACCUACAGAUUAGACGUUUUUUAAAAAAACAUUUGAUAUAUACUGUGCAAUUGUGAUUUAAUGCUCCUUUCUAAAGCAAUAUUGCAAGAUUAGCACAGAAAUUUGUUUAACUAAUGGCUGUAUGGUUUGCAUCUGUUCUAUUUACUACAUGUUUUUCAUAUUCAU